CAGUAGCAAUUGGCAAUAGCAAAUUUGCACAGGCCAUUUGAUAAGUCUCCGGCUCCUCUGUCUCUCAGAUCCACACCGCCGGCCAUGGCCACGGGUCGCAGCGACGCGGCGAGCAUGGUGGCGGUGGGUCUGGUGUGGGGCGCCACAAACGCGCUCAUGCGGCGGGGCGCGCUCGUCUGGGACCGCCGCGCCCGUGCCUCCUACCCUUCCGGCGGCAACGUGUUCCGGCGGUGGGCGGCCCUGCUCCUGACGUGGCAGUACUCGGCGCCGUUCGCCGCCAACCUGUGCGCGUCCGCAGCCUUCUUCGCGCUCCUCGGCGCCGCGCCCAUCUCCGUGGCCGUCCCCGUCACCAACGCCGUCACCUUCGCCGCCACGGCCGCCGCCGCCGCCGCACUCGGCGAGCGCGUCCGACCCGCGCCCGCUGUCCUCGGCACCGCGCUCAUCGUCCUUGGCGUCUGGGUCUGCAUCUCUUAGUCUGAAGAUCUGCUUGAGAUCAUUUAUUGGGAACAUGGUUGAUGGUUGACCUGCAAUUCUUAUGCGAAAGGUCUUUUACAUUUCCAAGGUUUUGGGGCAUGGAUCACCAAAAGAUACCUGGACUAUUCAGAAAAAGAAAGUGGAUCACACCAUAAGGUACCUGAAUAUUUCAGAAAAUAAAAUGGAUAAUGCAACAAAUCCGGUUGCAAUGCAGUCACAACACCAUUAGCUUGGUAGUUGCUGGAUUCAACAAAACAUCUCCAAAAAGAAAAAGA